CAUUUCAAAUUUGUAUUUUAACAAAUGAGGUAUUUUGGAAAUUCUCAAUUUUUGAAAUUCUCGAUUUUUUGAAACUCGUUUGAAAGAUAGUUAACUAGCUAACCGUUAUAAUAAGUAGAAAAAGGUAUAAAAGACGCCCAAUUAAGAAGUUCAUCAUCGAUCGCCAAAGCGAGAAGGGAGACGGAAUCAUUGGACGUUGUUAACCCCCCCUCCCCCCAAAUACCACCCCUAGCCCCUGCCACCCACCAAGCGAUCCCUCCCUAACUACCCCGAACCCCCACCCACCCGUAAUUCAAUUGAGAAUCAUCGCGGUAUAUUGUUGUACUGAUAUAUGUAUAAGCUAGCAGAGGAUCUUGUUAAUUGCAAGCGGUAAGCGAAACAAAUAGAAAAACUAAAGUGCAAAAACGGGCUCAAUUGUGUGGCAAACCCAAAACUAUCCCGAAGCCACAAAUUUUGGCUUGAAUCCACAAAUAAUCGCAAGCAGCCUCAAGAUUCAGCCAUUUGGUAUUAACUAUCAUCAGAGGAUGACAUCGACACAGCUGCAACAGUCGACGGCUGGACCGGUUGCACCGAAACUGACCCUGGCAACCGCACAGGCAUCGCAGCCAGCUGUGGCGAUGCCCGCCGUGGCCGUGGAGACGCCACCGGCGGAGCCCAUCUACGGCACUGUGAUACCGAAUCGCGUCUUUGUUGGCGGCAUUAGUCGCGACACAACCGAAUCGGAUCUGAUGAUCGCGUUCAGUGCGUAUGGGACGGUGCGCAGCACCAAGAUUAUUGUCGAUCAGGAUGGCUUCAACAAGGGCUACGGCUUCGUCACCUUCGAGACAGACGAGGAGGCGCAGCGCCUCCAGUCGGUUGGCAAAUGCGUCAUCUUGCGCAAUCGCCGCCUGAACAUUGCGCCGGCCUUCAAGAAGCAACCGAUUCGGCCCAAGUUGCAGCCGAUCAUCGAGACAAACGGCACCGUGUACUUUACCACACAGGCGCCGCCACCGCCGCCGCCGACGGUCAACACAAUACCCAUCGAGCAAUAUGCCACCGCCACAUAUGGACCGGCUGCCCCAGUUGCCGAAUACACUACCGCCGCCAUGCCCACCAUAUAUCAGCAGGCGCCGGCCGGCGUCCAAUACCAGCCAGUCUACCAAUACUAUAGUGUGCCGGUUAAUGUGCCAGCCGUUUGGCCCCAGAACUAUUAUCAGGAUCCGCAGGCAUCCAAUUCGCAGACAUCGAUACCGCAGCAGACCGCCUGGGAGUUUGAUGGGACCAACAGCAGCAGCUGGCGCUCAUCCUAGUCAAAUGUGGCGUGCAUGCUAGAUCUCUACUCCUCGUGCAAUACAAAACCAACAACUGGAUUCAACAAAAUGGAAGUAAAUGAAACAAACAGAAGAAGAUGAUGAUGAAGAUGAAGAAGAAGAAGCAGACAUAAUACCCAUGCCAGAAUAAACGGCGAACACUUCAAGAUGAGCGACUAACAACGAAGAAAACAUACACUACAAUAAGAAACCAACAGCAGCUGCGCAACUGUGUCGUUAUAUAUGUAUAUAUAUAUGUCUGUAUGUAUAUAUAUAUAUAUAUAUAUAUGUGUUUGUCAAGUGAGGUUAGAAUAUUUAGGCGCAAUCGGGGGCAAAUCAAACAGAUAUAUAGACAGAAUAGACUGAAGAUACCGCAGAUAUUGAAGCAAUACAGACAAACAGAUAGACACACAGAUAUGCACACACACACACUCACACACACUCACACACACACACACACACACACACACACACACACACACACACACACACACACACACACACACACACAUACAGGCAUACUUAUAGGCAUGCAAACCCUUACAUACACUCACAUACAGUCACACACACUCACACACACACUCUCACACACACACUCUCACACACACACUCUCACACACACACUCUCACACACACACUCUCACACACACACUCUCACACACACACUCUCACACACACACUCUCACACACACACUCUCACACACACACUCUCACACACACAC